AUGGUCGGUCAUAUUGCAGUGGAUCGAAAAAGAGUUCUAGUUCUUCCAACAGCCAAGAAAAAGAUCGUCACCCUCCGUCAUCCUCGAGGCCUCCUAAUUAUCGACGACGUCGGCCGGCAGAUGCAGAUGGCCCUGUCCGUGCAAGAAGGGGUGCAUCGUAUGAUAGUGACCAUCAAAAGCUGCACCACAAAUUUCAAGAAUGCCUUGGGAGCACCUGAGCACUAUACUAUGGUGGAUGAUUCCUUCCACAUGCUCUACAAAUCCCUGGAGGAGGCCUUGCAUCUUCAUUCCUCAUGGGAUGUGAAAAUGGAGAUUGCAUGCACCUUGGGACAUUUGGCAUAUGCAGUUGGGAAUCAGCUCAACAGAUUCCUGAAGUGGCUUAUGGACCAUGUAAAGAAGAGGGGAUCAUUGAAACCAAUAUUCAUUCAACCCAUCUUGGAGCUGCUGAAAUUGGAACGCUGUGAAGCUAGACUGCCUGGAAACUAUAGUGUGGUCAUCAUGCAACAUUUGCAUUCCAUACUUGAGGCAACAGAAGAACCAGCUGUCAUGGUUACCACAAUGGACACUGUUCUGUUUCUGCUGGAAAUGCACCCCACAGCUCUCAAUCCUCAUUUUGAAGACCUUGCUGAUAUUUUGGUUGGUUGGCAUAUUGAUACUACCCAGAGUUCUGCCAUCCAGGAAUAUAUUGUUUCUGUGUUCCAAAUGCUUCACCCCUACUGGCUGGCUGACUUGCCCUUCACCCUGAACCUGAUGACACAGUUCCUUGAAGACAUGGAUUGCUAUUCUGAGCAAUUGCUGACCAGUGGAAGUAUUGCAGAUCUUGAGGAGAAUAGUCAAGAAUGUCAUAUUGCGAAACUCACCUCACUGCUUAGGGUGUUUUCAACUGUUGUGAAAAGUCUUGGUCCUUUGGAUCCUGGAAUACCUUCCUCAAUGCCUAUAUUCCAGGAUGUGCUCAGGCUGGUCCUCCGGAGCACUCAACCAGUCUUUGCUUCGAAUCUUUGGGAUCUGGACUUCUUUGUGGCAGUGAAUGAAGACAUAGACCUUCUAGUGACCCAUAUGCUCCCAGAUGCCACCUGGAUCCCUCAGAUAUCAGAGUAUCUCCAAAAAGUCUUGAAUUCUUCAUCUCCCAUUAUAACAGAGCUCCUGCCUUCCAUUGCUCAGUUGUACUCCACUGUGAUAUCAAAAAUGGGGCCAGAUCUUAAUUCUGAUUUCCUUCAAUUCUUGGAACCAGAGCAUGGAUUGCAUUCAUGGAUUACUCAUCCAUCACAAAAGACCAUUUUCUUUCUGUCAGCUGGAGGGCCCGGGAGUGAUGUAUUUGGGAUGUUGAGUGGUGGUGGACCGAGUGUGGGAACUCUUCCCAAGGUGUUGGAUUUGGCUUCCCAUCUCUUGAUCGCCUGGAAUCAACCUUUCGUGCCAGACACCAGUAAAAUUCCUAGCGAACUGGUGCAUGAAGAGCUCCCCAGUGUGGAUUGUAGUCCUGCUAUUGCAAAUUGCAUCAUCCUAAUUUGGAAGUGCUUGGUGGAAAUGUACAAGGACAUCUUGAUGGUGAAGAGUGUGACCCUCCUAGAGGAAAUGUAUCAACUCAUCCUGCAAGAGUUGGAGGUUUGCUAUCAAAGUCUUGGUCUGACUGGUAUUCAGUUGUCUGGUCAUGACAUCAGGAAAGUCCCUGAGGAGGAAGCCAAAACCAGGGCUUUGUUCUAUCUUACUACCCUAUCUGGCAUUGGUAUAAGCAAAGAAUCAGUUCUUGGACUCUGGGCACUUCAACCUUCAAUAUUUGAACUUCUUGCUGUGCUCCUCUGCCCUGUAUUAGUUUCAGACUCAACUGUUCCAUCCUCUGUAUUGGAGGCACAGCUUGCCAUCCUUUCUGAACACAGUCAGAGGCACAAGCACUUCAUAAGCAGCAGCAGUUUGCUGAGCCAGUCUCAGCUGAAGAUUGCUGGAGGUCCAACCUCAGGAGAGCACUUUGCUACCAUCUUGAAUAUCUUGCAAGCCCUCAUCCAAAAGGUGCAUCUGGCACAUGCUGUACGCAUAACAUGCCUAGACUGGCUAGAGGAUCUUCUGGAACAAGGGAGAGGCUAUUCAUUGCAGCUGACUGGAAUCCCCCAAUUCAUGAGAUUGUUCCUGUCACUUGCCACAUUGUCGCUGAAGCUUUGUUUGCCAGCUGGGGGUGCUCUGCAUAUCCUUCAAUGCCUAACUACAUUUGUUACUCAUUACUUGCUCCCAUCUGGCUCAGUUGUGGAUGAAGAGAUGGAAACAGUUGCCUGGUUGUGCCUCCAUCAUGCCAGCUCGACUGUGCUUGAAAUUCAGGAAGGAUAUCUUAAACUUCUCUUCUCUAUCCCACUUCCUCAUAUUCUUCUUGCUCAGGAUCAAGAGAGGCUCAACAUGGAUAUUGCACUGUUAUCAUCAUCUCAACCAAAUUCAAAGAGAGAGGAAUGGAUACGGCAACUCAGUUCCCUGAAGCUCAAUUCCCUUUUAUCUGAACGGAGCAUCAUGAAAAUAGCUAGUUCCUCCUCCUGUCUUCUCCCCCAGCAUUUCCGUUACAUCUGGUGCUUCUUAAUUGAGGGAAAACAUCCAAAUGGAGAGUCAUGGUUGGAAGAGAUAUUCAGAAGCCUGGGGAAGCAUGAUGAGAUGAUGACUGGAUCAGUGCUUCAUUACCGUGCAGCCUGGGAAUUAGCAUCAUUCUGCAUUCAGUCCAAGCUCAAGUGCAUCUUUGGGAAGCCCAAUGAGACACUGCUCACUCUGGAAAAUGGUGUAAAGCAACUGCUGAUGUCCACAACCAUGGGUGGCUUAACUCUGAUCCGAGGGAAGAUUCUGUUGACUUUCAUGGAUGCAUUUGAGAAGCAGCUCUACAAUGCAGCCCAUGGUUCUGCUGUUGCUCUGCCUACUCCCAGCAAAAAUACAAAGAUAUUCUUCUGGACAAACCAGGGAUCUUGCUGGAGUUGGCUUCACCGGCUCAGGAAGCCUCUAAUUACCCUUUCAGCAGACUGCAAGAUCCCAUCUGCUACCACCUGGCAUGGGUACUCCUACUUGGCUCAGAUCAAUGAUUCCACCGAUCUCAAGACAGGGGAAUUUUAUUACAUGCUGACCAUGUUAGUGGAGGCAUUGGUGCAGCUACAUUCCAGUGACAGCAUUCAGGGUCUCUAUGAUUGGCUUCAUGAGAAAUAUGGGCUCAAACUUAACUGGAUGAAGCCUGCAAUUGCCCAGGCUGGUGAAAGAUAUGAGACUGGUGCAAUAGAAUACUGGACCAGCUUGGAAGGUAUUGAUGAAGAACAUGAUGCAGUGAAGCACUUUGUUUUGAAGCAGUUGGAGCAGUGCUAUGUUGAUCUUGGGUCUUGGGAGGAUUUGGUCAGUCUUCGAGAAAGCCUGGGGUCUGAUGCCCAAUCCUUCAAGGCUCUGCUAUCCCUGGAACGCCAUGAAUCAAGUCACGUUCCUCCUGCUAUUGUAGAGAAUGUGAUAAAGGAAUUUGAGACUCUGAAGGACUUUGCAUACCUGCAGCCUCUUCUUCAAAUUCUUGCCCAGGAAGUCACUCCUCUGGAACAAGGGAAUGAGCAUCAUGGCUUUAGAGAGAAUGAGCAACACUGCAUGGACCUGGUGAAAGAACAUCUUCAUCUCCUGGGCCCAGAAUGUUGGCCAGAACUGCUUAUAUUUGGAUCAUUUCUGUGCCAUCUUCAGAAGUUUUCAGGCUCUCUCUGCUCCCAACAUGAAUCUUCCUUUGGACCUCUUUCCAAGAUCCCUCUUAAAAUCCUUCGUCUCUUGACAUCUGUUGCACAUUCCUUCAUGAAUGUGCCUGGCAUCUAUGGCCCCAAAGAUGGUAUGAAUGAGUUGCUCCAAGUAUGUUCCAAGAGAUGUCGGCAGACCUUCAACCUGAAUGCAGUGGAGAGGUUUCUGUCCCUUCAAAUAGCAAAGUCUCCUGCCACCUGUCUUCAAGCAGCCAAACUUCUUCUUCUGCAAGGGAAACUAUUAGAGGCACAAGAUACCCUGUGUGGGGUCAGUGAAGUCUUGUAUGGAUCCAGGGAAGCAGAACAAGAGAUGGGAGCAAAAUGCCUCCUCACAUUGGGCAAGUGGUUACAGCAGCCAUGGAUGAGUGAAGAGAACAGCAAAGGGAUCUGGCGUACCCUUGUCUCAUCUGAAGACUCUCCUGCAAUGCAGUACCUUCCAUCAGCUCACAAAGAUAUCAUUGGUGAGAAGGAGAUGGGUUCAGGACUCAUGUUCCACCUGACUACUGCUGUGUAUCCAUCAGUGUCAACCUCUUGGAGCCACUUUGCCAAUUGGGCCUAUCAACAAGGGCAGCGGGUUCUGUCUGCUGCCAUAUCUGGACAAUUUAGCCUAGAGAGAGAGUAUACUGAUGCCAUCCAUGCCAUCUUGGAUCAAAGCAGUUCUCCACUAAAUCCCCUUGACAUGAUACAGGCCAUUGAGUCCAAUAUUGCUAUUGGUCUUUACCAAUAUGAGGUAUUCUACAAUACCAAUUGGAUUUUAAAUGAUGACUCAGCAAGGACCAUUCUCCUAACACGCUUUGAAUCCCUGAACUUGGAACCUCAGGUGCUUCUUAGGCUCUUAACCAUCUGGAAGAAGGCUCAACAAAAUCUGUUCCAUCACUAUAGAAUUGCUGCCCCUGCCUACUUCCACUUCCUUCAACUUCACCACCAACAGGGCAAAGAAGGAGCAAGAGAAGAGAGGACCAGGAUUCAUGUGACCUCUGCUACUCUUCACCUUCUUCGAUUACUUGUUCGUCAUCCUCGUGCCCUGGAAUCUGCCUUGGACAAUGGCUUUGCAUCUACGCCACCAAGCUGUUGGAAGAAAAUCAUCCCACAGCUAUUCUCACACCUGAGUCAUUCAGAUGCAUUUGUGCAGCAAAAAGUCUCUGACCUCUUAUGUCAAAUGGCAUUGGACUCAUCACAUCUCAUAGUUUUUCCUGCUCUGGUGGGUGCUCUCAGCACCCACACUCGAUCAUUGCAGCAACAGCAAGCUUUUGGUGUAUUUGGAGAGAAGGAAGAAGGGGCAGAUGAAGAUGGAGAAGAAGGUGAAGAUGAGUUUGAGAUUGAGGAUGAUGAUGCUACUCAGAAUGCUGUCAUACAGAACCGUUACCUGAGCCUCAUUGAAGCUCUUUCUAAGCAGGAUGAUUCUCUUGUAAAUGAAGUGAGAACUCUGAUAAGAGAGCUGCGCCGACUAGCCCUUCUCUGGGAAGAGCUGUGGCUUGGAGUUGUUUCCCAACAACUGGCUGACCUCACUUCUCGUGCCUCUCGGCUCAAGUCUGAGGUGGCAGGGAUUCAAGCCAGCAAGCAUCUCACUCGUGAUGAGAAAGAGGAAAUCAUUCGUCUAAAGCAUUCCAUAGCAUACAAGCCGGUGCAGUUUGCCAUUACACAGCUUAAGCAAGUGACAUCCAUUCCUCCAGAGACAACUUUGGAAAAGAAAUUUCAUGAGAAAUUUGGCAAGCUGAUAGAAGAGGUGGUGAAAGAUUUGAGCUGUGUGGAGAGAGGCAGCAUGCCAUCCUUGUCUUCCCUACGAUGUCUAGAAUCUGGGUUGAAGCAGCAUUUACAUCAUCGCACUACCAAAGGGAUCCUUUUGUCUCAGGCUAGCCCCGCUGUCACCAUUGGGGGUCUGGAAAACAUGGUUUCCAUCCUCUCCACCAAGACUAAGCCCAAGAAACUCAUCAUCCAUGGAUCAGAUGGAAAAAAGUAUUCCUAUUUACUCAAGGGCCUGGAGGACCUCCACCUGGAUGAACGAAUCAUGCAAUUCCUCUCCAUCUUCAAUGAAAUGCUCUUGCAUGCCAAACAUAAUGAGAGAGGAAUGUACAAGGCAAGGAAUUAUUCCGUUAUUCCUCUGGGUCCCCGAAGUGGACUCAUUCAAUGGGUACAAGGAGCUGUCCCAUUAUUUGGCAUCUACAAAAGGUGGCAACAACGACAGCUUGUCAGCCCCCGUGAACCCUCUUCAGGUGGAGGACGUGUGGUAGGAGGAGUACAGAGGCCAUCAGAACUCUUUAAUGCAAAGUUGUAUCCCUUGCUGAAAGAGAAGGGGAUCCCAGAGAACAGCAAUCGCAAGGAGUGGCCCCUUUCUGUCCUUUGCCAGACCCUCAAGUCUCUCUUGUCUGACACCCCUCCUGACCUCCUUCAAAAGGAGCUCUGGUGUCACAGCGUGAAUAGCACAACAUGGUGGUCAGUAACCAAAACAUUUAACAUCACUACAGCUAUCAUGUCCAUGGUUGGCUACGUUAUUGGCCUUGGGGAUAGACACCUGGACAAUCUCUUGGUGGACCUCACCACUGGACAGGUGGUACACAUUGAUUACAAUGUAUGCUUUGAGAAAGGUAAACACUUGAGGAUUCCAGAGAAGGUCCCAUUUCGCAUGACCCAGAACAUCCAGACUGCUCUCGGCAUCACGGGAUGCCAUGGUCUGUUCAAGAACACAUGCUGCUUCACAUUGAAUUUAUUGAGGAGACACAGAGGACUCCUCCUGUCACUCUUGGAGACUUUUGUGUAUGAUCCACUGGUUGAGUGGACACCAUCUGCAGGCGAGAAUUUCAACCUGACGAUAUCCACUGAACUUUUUCCACGUCAAGAGCUGGAGGAGCUCCAUGCUAAUGUAUCCAUCAACAUGCUGUACUCCCUUGCAGAUGCACUAGAAAGCCUGAAGAAAGAAUUAGAAGCAUGGGUCAGGGCACAGGGAUCCCUGGAAGAGACAGAUGAACAAUUGCAGCAGUGGCAUCAAUGUUUGGCCCUACUGAAGGAAGCUGAAGCCAACCCACAUCAUCACCUCUAUCAGCUGAGUCAGCGCUACAGUGUCUUCAUUGACUGUGAGGAGAGGCAGAGUCGGCUCCACAAGCAGCUUGAGACUGCACUGGAACAGGAGAACAAGAUGGCUGACUCACAUCUGACUGCUCUGAAAGCCUUGGGAGACCCAGAAACAUUGGAACGAUGUGCAUCUUUGAAGAAAAAACUGGAUGCUCUCAGUGAUUCUCAUGGCCUCAUUGAAGAGUUCCUGCAGCAGGCCGGGCAACUAUCUCUUGCCUCCCAGUAUGGGGAGCUAGAAGGAGAGCUGAGAAGGAGUCUGAUGCACCUACAUGGGAUGCUUGGGAAGUGUGUGGAGGCCCUGCACCAGUAUGGACUCAUGAUCUCUUAUUCUCCUUGGUCUCUUCGCGUCUCCCCUCUCUCAACUCACAAGGUCUUCUGGCUUUGCAAACUUGCCACUGACCUCUCCUCCAAGACGUGCCAAGAGGCAAUUCUGGAGUUCCAGUCUCUGGAGGACACCCAACGUAUCCAGGAAACCAAGUCCACUACUGUCCACAUUCAGCUUCAGCUUCAGGUCUCCAAGCACAAUUCCCUUCUGCAUCAGGCAUUAAGUGAACAGGGGAAGAAUGGGUCAGUAGUGGAGGAACCCUUGCUAUCCCUGAAGGGGUUGAUGGGUAUCUCAUCUCCAUACCUAAAGAAGACAUUCUGUCGCCUGCUUAUUGACUCUAUUUGGGUUCACUAUCCUCGAAGUGGUCUCAUGGAACCAGCUCUUGGUGGAGGUUUCAAAGGAGGUGAGGCUGAAGACAUCAUCAACCACCUGUUGACAGUCACUGAGCUUGGUUCUCUAGGAUCCCUAGUUGAUGAGAAUCCUCACCUUGCCUCCAUCCUCAGUUCUCUUCAAAUCCUUUAUUCUCUUCUCUCCAGUCUUCAGGACCUUUUGGUGAACUUCAUUACCAUAAUCAUCCCAGAAGCUUUAAAACAGGUGAUGGCUGAGGACCCAUCAUUGACCAAAAUUGUGCAGUGCCUCAAUGAGCUGGUUUUACACAUCUCCUCAGGCACCAACACUGGAUCCCUUGACCUUGGUGAGAUGAUGACAUCUUACCAUGCCCUAAUGGAAACAACUGCAUCUCCCAAUCCAGGCCAGAUGCUCUUGAUGGGAUUCAAUGGACUCUUUGACAAGGUUGAAAAGGAUCUGCUCUUCUUUAACCAGGAGAUGGUAUCUUUGACCCUCCAGGAUCCUCCUGUUUCCUCCAUUCCCAAUAUCCUGAGUGAAAUCCUGACGGAGUUCCCAAUCCUUGUCCUCCAACAACUCAUCCCUUGCCUUGCUCAGCAAGAAGCAGCCUUAAAGGAUGCCCAGGAAGAGUAUCAAGCUGAGUCUCAACAACUCUCCAUCAUCAUGUGCAGCAUUCAGAAAGCAAUCCAUUGCAAAAAUCAUUCCAAGUGCAUGGAAGGGAAAAUCAGCUGCUGCCAGUCAAUUUUACGGAGGUGGCAACUCACUGCAAUGGCCUAUCACUGGCUUUCCUCUCCCAAUACUCCAGAACUCCCCCUAGAUGCUGUAUUUACAGUGGAGCUGAAGCAGAGUUUGGAGGGAGUUAGAACAGUUUUGAGUACCUCCAUAGAAUUGCAAGGAAAAUUUUCAGAGCUGGUUCAUUCGGUACAGCAACGUCUCAAGUGGGCCAGUGGUGCCAAUCGUAACCUUUCUGAGUUAGCAACCACAUAUGAUGGAACUGUUGGUGAAUGGGUGAGCAUGUUCACACAUUGGCGCCACUUGGCUGAGCACACCAUUGCAGUGACCAGUGCACUCCUGCAUCUGGAGAGCAUGCGGGAUUUGAGAAGCCAGAAACAAAAAGAGGCCCGUGAGGCUUGGAUCACUCUCCUCCAUGAGGCACUCAAUGUAUGCCUUCAUGUUGAGAGCACUGAUGUGUCUGUCUCUUCCAUUGAGAAAGCCAUAAUCAAGGUUAAGCCACUACACGGAGGAGAGAUACUGACAGUGGAAUGGGCACAGGAGGCAUCAAGAGGUAUUUCAGGCUGCAUCCAAAGUGCUCAGUCUCAAUUGGAUGAGGCAAGGUUCACACUGUCAUCAAAUGGCAAAGCCAUCAUUGCUUGGGUUGAGAAGCUCAAGGGCCUCAUUCGUCAACACCACAAGCUAGUCUCCAAGGUUCGCUCCCUCCUGAAAACCCUCACCAAGCUGGAAAGUGAAGAACUGCUGAGGGAGCAAGCAUUAUCAUAUGUCAGCAAGUACAAGAACUUCUCACAGCUCCUGGCCUCCCUUCUCAAACAGAUUUCCAGUAAAGACAUUGGGACUGCAUCAGUUCCAUGUUACUUGGAAGAUCUGGAGGUUCUUGCAUCUCAAGUUGGUGGGAUCUAUGAUGGCCUGUUAAACCUGCUGAAAGUAGAAGGCAAUCCCAGAACUGAGAAGGAUGGAUUGGAGAGGAAAAAUAAGGAAAAGGAGAAGAGUCCCAGGAAACACCAGCAAUUUCAUCUGCCACUCUGGGAAGAUCUGGACUCUGCUCCACCUCCAUUGUUCAUGCAUCAACAUUCUGAAGGACUAGGGCUAGGGGAGAAGGAGAGCUACCCAUUGCAAGUGUUUCAUCGUGUACGUGUGAAGCUGGAGGGUCGGGAUCCUGAUCCCAGUUAUGCAGCUCCUGUUGAAUCACAGGUGGAGCACUUAAUAGAAGAAGCAACAAACAUAGAGAACCUCGCUCUCCUCUAUGAAGGCUGGACAGCCUGGGUGUGAAGGGAGUCGAGUGAAUCAACGGGCCAAUCUCCGUUCUACCAUUCACAAAGUCCCAACAGUGCAUGCCAAGCAAGUAAUGCAAUGCAAUGCAGGCCAUCCCCAUUGCCACCCUCCCUUUAUCCAGGGGAGGGGGGAAGCCUUCAUGCCCAGAUGCAUUUGGGGCUGGGGGAGAGAUCAAUAUCUGCCUCUCCCCCAUCAUCAUGUUUUAACCAGAAAGAAUAAAUGUAAAAGCUGAGUCUGAUUGCACAGAGAGUUUCACUUUAAAGAUCCAAGAGUGACCUCUCUGAGUUUGGAAAUCCAAUCAAGAUCUUGCUGAAUCAGCUGGACUUUCUCAUGCAUUGAUUUUCUUGUCUUAUCUCCCCUUCUCAAUGAUGUGUAUGAAUAAUUGAGACUUGUUUGUGUGAUUGAGUGAAUAUCUUCCCUCCUAGUUUCAUCCCCUUGUGUCAAUUCAGAGAAGGAAAUGAAACACCUCAUCUCUCUCUCUAUGAAGCUUUUUGCUUGCAUCGGCUUAUUUGUUCUCCCUUCUGCUUUUUUUCUUAUCUACAUUAUCCAUCAUCAAAUGGGGGAAUCAGAGAUUGAUUUUAUAGUGGCAUAGUUUUCUUUGAAGUGGCUGGAACUUCUGGGGUAGUUUUUUCUUACUCAGUGAAAGAAAGAAAAUUCUGCAAACUGGUGUAUUAUUGUUCUUUUCAUUUCCAAUAAGGUUAGGAUUUUUUUUCUGGCUCUCUGUCGUGUGUUUGUGAAUAAAUCUUGUUGGCGGA